AAAUCGAUGCGUAGAAAACGAUGCGUCUCCUUGGUAGCCAAAGUCAAUGAUGAAGGGCGGACUGAUUCGCCUCGCUAUGGCCCGCACGAGAACAUCAAGUGGAGCUUUGAGAAGUUGGUGUAAAGUCAACGGUUGGAGCACCAGUACAUAAUAACGAUUGCCUUCAAUCACAGACGGCUUGCACCUCCUUCGAAGAUCACCAUUGUGAUCCGUGAACAUCGCAAGCUACAUCCCGAUAAACUAUGCAAGGUUUCUAUCCCAAUUGAUGCUUACAUGGCUGUGCGGCCCAUUAUUGUUAUUGACGGUGCGAAAGUGAUAUAUCUCUCUUAUCCAAAUCUCAUGCGUUAUCCUGAAGAGCCAAACAAGAAGAAACUAUCAGUGCUCAUUCAUUGCGUAGUUAGCGGGCCUUUUAUCGAAUGGAUCCACCUGCUUGUUGAAGAAUCCCAGGCAAGGAUGAAAACCAUGAAAGAAUUCAUGGAAAGCCUUGGAAAAGUAUGCGAGGUCCUAAACUACAUUGUUACCACAUCCGAACUCGCAUGUGACGUGCAUCCAGCUGUGGGUGCAGCAGUGGCAGUCGUAAAAGCACUUUACGAGAGGUGCAAUGAAGUAAAGGAGUGUCACAAAGUCGCAUCAUCGUUAAUGGUAGAAGUCGCAUCGUUCCUUCCUUUUGUUGACGUCCCUAGGAAUCGCCUGAAGUCCAACGUAACUUCGGAGACCGUUCACAAGAUCCUCGUUCUAUUCGAGAAGAUCUCGAUGAUGAUAAUGGAGUAUUCAGACGAUACUGCCCUAGGGAUAUUUCUACGGAAUCGGAUCCAUGAAGUUAAUGCUUACAAAGAAGAGCUUAGAAGGCUGAAAGAGACAUUCGAUUGGUGCGUAAAGACCGAGGUGUGGAAAGCAACCUUAAGGACAGAGAAACUUGUUGAGUUGAUAGCUCUCAACAAUCUGCGUCCAGUUAAAGCGGCCUUUUAUGACUUGGAAAAAACCUGUUUCGAAGGAACAAGAAAAGAUACACUAAAGGUGAUAGAAGAUUGGUCGACAUCUGACGCGAAGUUAUUCUGGCUCUAUGGUCCUACUUAUUCCGGAAAAACGACGAUCGCGCACACUGUUGCUCGCCUUUUUGAUCAACAAAAUCGUCUUGCUGGAUGCUUCUUUUGCGAUGCGAACGAUUGCGAGCGUCGCUCUCCCAAGCGAAUUUUGCCUACAAUCGCAUAUCAACUCGCUAAGUGGCAUGAGGGCUACCGGCUUAUUAUUAUCGAUGUCCUUCAAGGCCGAGGUGAACUGGACCUGGAUGCAGGGCUAAAAUGCCAAUACGAUCUCCUCAUUGAUCAGCCAAUCGUUAGAUCAACCAUCCAUCCGCCUCCGAAGCACAGACCGCUAAUUGUGGUUCUCGACGCAAUUGAUGAAUGCUGCGAAUCUGCGAGCUCUCGGCGUUACCUAGCCGAAUUCUUUAGGCAUAUCGCGAACGCAGCACCUUGGCUCAAGGUCUUUGUCACUAGCGCAAAGUGGCCGAAGUUCGAGGAAUGUUUUCUGCAAGACGACACUCGAUACCUCGAUAUCGAAGACCAUUUCGUUGAUUUACAAAAUGAUAUAGCAGUGUAUUCACAGUACUGCACCGAGGACCGCAGAAUUUCACAUACAUGGGGUUGUGAUUCGGCAUACAAGGCGCCUCAGCUUCUAUCUAGGUUUUAUUGGGCGUUCCGAAUGCAUGAUAGUAAAUCGAGGUCCCAAAUCGACGGCUCAAUAAAGGAUUUUCCCUCACAAUUAGGGAUAGAUGGAUUCUUUCAUGCGGCAGUUCGUGGCAUAUUGGACAGAUAUGAUUGGGACGAGAACAUGGAACCAAUCGUCAGGGAUAUCCUCGCACUCGCCUCUGCUGCGACUCGAUCGCCACUGAUCAGCAAUCUAUCCUCUCAUUUCUUGCAGUUUCUCCGAAAGGAACAAGCAUCGGAUGUAUUGCGCACCGCAGUCACCUCUAUCGAGCCUCUCAUAUUCAAUUGUUAUGGCUAUCCGAUGCGCAGUGUGUUUUUAUUGCGCCGAGUGUUGCCCUUGUCGUCGGAUCAGGAGCAGACGGAACAGUUUGGGGAGCAUGUACGAUUGUUUAACACAACGUUGGCACGAGGCUGCCUUGAUCAGAUGCAUUCGCAACUCAAGUUCAACAUAUGUGGACUGGCGUCCUCGUACUUGCCGAACUCUGAGGUCAUGAACUUAGCCUCUAAGACCGCGGAGAGAAUCCCGAAGAUACUCCGGUAUAGCAGCUUGUAUUGGAUGGAUCAUAUCCUACAGUCCAGUGAUGCUCAAUCAUUUAUCAACUCUGUGACGGAGCUGCUCUAUUCUCCGAAGGCGCUAUUUUGGAUCGAAAUCCUGAGCCUUAUGGGAGCGCUGGAAAACGGAGAGGAAAUUCUUUCGCAGUGUGCCGACUGCUUCAAGGGCGUGCAUGAGAUCGUUCGUGCUGCAACAGAACUACAACACUUCAUAUGUUCCUUCCGUGACGCAAUUGCUACCAGCACACCUCACUUGUACAUAUCCGCCCUGACAUGGUUGUCGCCGGACUCACUCGUUGCACAUCACUUACAUUGUAAUUUCACACUGCAGACGAUCGUCGCCUCUGACGAGUUUUCGGGGAACAAGACCAAACUUAGCGACCGUUUUCUGCGUGAAGCCGACAUUUCAGUGCUCAAAGGGGACACAAGCGAUAUAGCUUCUGCCAAGUACACGCCGGAUGGAACGAAAACCGUUUCUGUCACAUCCGGUGGGAAGUUGCAGAUUUGGAACGCGCAUAGCGGUGUCGCCAUUUGCGAAGAGCACCAGGGUCACCUGCUCAGUUUCGAUGCAAUUGCAUGGUCCCCAGAUGGGAGCAAAAUCGUAUCCGGCUCUACUGACAGAAAAUUACGGAUCUGGAAUUUACAGACCGGUGCACUUAUUGGUGGGCCUCUGGAGGGGCACUCGGAUUGGGUCAAGUCCGUUGCAUACUCGCCAGAUGGAAGGACCAUCGUUUCGGGUUCUUCGGAUACCACGCUACGGAUUUGGGAUGCACAAUCCGGAAAGCCUAUCGGUGACUCACUGAAAGGACACAACAAUCCGAUCGUGGCGGUCGCAUACACGCCUGACGGGAGCAGGAUCAUGUCGGGUUCUUUGGAUAAUACACUGCGGAUGUGGGAUGCUCAGACAGGAGAACCCAUCGGCAAGCCUCACAAAGGUCACGGAGACUGGGUCAGGACCUUUGCAUCUUCGCAAGGUGAGAGGAGAACUGCGCCAAUCACUUUGGACAGCAUGCUGCGGACCUGGGUGGUACGAUCCGGAAAACUGACCGGUGAACCUCCCAAGGGUCGAAACGAUUCGGUGAAGACUGUUGCAUACUCGCCCGACGGGAAGAGAAUUGUAUCGGGCUCUUGGGACGGCACACUGCAGGUCCGGGACACAGAGACGAGGGAAUACAUUGGCGAGCCUCUCAAGGGCCACAAAAGUUCAGUUAUGUCCGUUGCGUACUCGCCGGACGGGAGCAAAAUCAUGUCAGGGUCCAGUGACGGAACGAUACGAAUUUGGGAUGCUCACAGCGGAACGCCAAUUCUAGUGAUGACUCUAAACGGAAGUCGGCGGGAUACAGAAACGCAAAGUUUCUUAACAAUAUUCGGCAAGGCUGGGCGGAUUGAUCAGAUUGAACAGACAAGCCAUCCUUUGUCUAUACCAAGCGACGGUUGGAUCCGAACGUUGGAUGGAGGUUUGUUUUCAUGGGUUCCUCUAGAGUAUCGGAUACCGUUGUGUGGUACGGGCCAAGUGCGCAUUCCAAACAAUGAGAAUGGUCGGCUCAUGGCUAUUGACUGGACGAAGGUCUACCACGGGGAGGACUGGACUAAGAUCAUGCAUAACGAAGAUUCAUAGUCAUACAGACCAAACCGACGCCGCUUCUGUCGUACUUCUGUAUAUGCAUACCAUUUUUGACCGAUAUAUGGUUAUUUUGUAUUUUAUUUCUGAUUCCAUAGUAUGUGUAUCUUUGCCCAGUCUGAAUAGCCAUCGUACAUUGA